CCGUACGAGGAAUGUCCGGCAUUUAUAGAAGGCCUAUGUUUAUUUAAUUCGUGACAACAUUAAAAAUUCGGUUAUCUGUGCGAAAAAAAAACUACUAUCGCAGCAUUGAAUAGGACAAGUCGUUAUCCGGUUUUAUACGAGGACUUUUUAAUCAAUAUUGAUUUAAAAAAAAACUGGAUUCCAUGUUAUAAUUCAAUAAUAACAACGGAACUAGAAAACAAUGUGGUUGUUUUUGAUAAUAUGGACCAUAGUGGUGCUUUUCUCGAUAAAGAUCUUCAACAAACUGUCAACUGGAAAAUGCUACGCCGACACUGUCAUGAGCGGUAAAGUUGUGGUAGUGACAGGAGCUAGUGGGGGUAUUGGCUUCGAGACAGCUUUAGAACUAGCGAGAAGAGGAGCAAAACUAAUAAUCGCUUGUCGAAAUCACGAAAAGGGCGAGAAAGCUGUAAGAAGAAUAAUCCGGAAAACUAAUAACAAAAGAAUUCGCUUCAUACACUUAGAUUUGACAUCUCUCGAGUCGGUCCGAAAAUUCUCGAACGAACUCGAAGCGUCCGAAGCGAAAUUGGACGUUCUAAUCAACAAUGCCGGCGCUAUUUGUACCACCAGAGACUGGACCGAAGAUGGAAUUUUAAAAGAUUUGCAAAUAAAUUACUUGGGACCGUUUUUGUUAACAGUCCUUUUGAUUCCGAUGCUUAAAAAAGCGGCGCCCAGUCGGGUUAUAGUGGUGUCAUCGUCGUGGCACAAGUUCGGAACAUUAGAGGAUAUCAAUAGUGAAAAAUACGGGUAUAUCCAAUCAUACGCUAAUACCAAAUUGUGUAAUGUAGUAUUCAGUAAGGAGUUAGCUAGACGGCUAGAAGGAGCUGGCGUGGAUGUGAACAGUUUGAAUCCUGGACAAGUAAACACGUCUCUGUACAGGAGCUCAACGGUUUUGGAGAAAAUUAGGAGUCUCAUGCUUUAUGCGUUCUUUAAGACUCCAGCUGAAGGGGCGCAGACAUCUGUUUAUUUGGCGGUCUCGUAUGAAUGUGAUCAGAUAAGCGGAAAGUAUUUUGAGGAUUGUCAAGUUGCGAGAGCCUCUUAUAAAGCUGAGGAUGAGGUUGCCGCGGCAAAAUUGUGGUCGGUGUCGCAGGAACUGGUCAAAUUGACACCGGACGAGAUAAACAGAUGUUUCGGAGAGGUGUCGUAAUAUAUGGUGAUUAUUUUAAUAAUGAAUAAUGUUAUGAAGGCCACA